AUGCCCCUCAGCAUUGACCGCGAAGAGCUUACCACACUGAGCGAAGAUGUCUUCUCAGCCCUCGACAAUGUCGCCGACACCACCACCCCCGGUAUUGCCCGGCUAGCACUCACCUCCAUCUCCAUGCUCCGCUUCAUCGAAACCGCUUGCCUCGACGCGACCGCCAAAGAGCUUGACUCCAUUGAAGAAGUCCGCCACACUCAGCGCCGCGAACUGCAAGCUGCCAAAGCCACAGAGGAGCGCAUGAAUGCCACCAUUGAUGCAGAAUUGAAGGUCUUGGUCAUGGAGAUUGCAAAGAGUGUCAAGUUCAAGCGCAAUGUGGGAGGUCUAGUGAAGAAGCUGGAGGAGAGGGAAAAGAAGGCAGAGGAACUCGAUGAGAGAAUGAAAAGCGCGAGGGAAUCUCAGGAGAAUCUGCGUGCUGUGUUGGAAGAACCAGUCGGCUUGGAGGAUCUUGGGUUCGUUUUGUCCCUGUUCGAGACGUGCCGUUGCAUAGCUGACCUUGAGACAGAUUCACUGCUAGCUAAAGAUACACGGCAUCCAGAAGGACGAUCGUUUCUCGUUCGACCGAUCAGCACCAGCAAAGCAGCAAGGAUCAGUGCCUGUCUUCUAUACUCCGGAUGA